AUGGAAAAUGAGGUUGUUUCAUACUUUACUCUCAGGAUGCGUAUUGACAACUUUGCCCAGCUGUUAAAGACAUGUUUUCUUCAACAAAACAUAAGUCCAACCACAAGAAUGGUUCGUUGGAAUGCUCAGGGUGGUAAUGAUAUGAUCUUGAAUGUUGAUGGGAGUAGCAUCGGUAAUCAUGGUGUCUCGGGCUUCGGAGGACUUAUUCGGAACUCUGAUGGUGGGCGGAUCCAAGGUUUUGCUGGAAAUAUAGGAAUCUCGAACAUCCUUCAUGCGGAAUUAUUGGCAAUGUACUAUGGAUUAGUUUUGGCGUGA